GAAGUGUUUUUUUUUUAUGUUGCAGUUAAAAUGAUUUUUGUUCCUUUGCUCAUGUAAACAGUUAUAUAGAACUAUGGUUCUUAACUCUGCGGCUGGAAUUUGUCUGCCUGCAUAUUUUAGCUGGGGAAACAUUAAAAUGUGCAAGACCAGGAUUGAGGAACAUGGAGACAGAUUGACACUUACAUAUAUUUAUUUAUGUGGCUUUUACAUAAACUGGUUCAUAUACUGCUGACACAAGUCAUGUUGGGUCUAUGGAUUCAUGCUGUGGCACCAAAUUCUGACUGCUUCAGCAGAACUCCAGUUUCAUCAGACCAGGCUACAUUUUCCAGUCUUCUACUGUCCAGUUUUGGUGAGCCUAUGCCCACAGCAGCCUCACUUUUCUGUUCUUGGCUGACAGAAGUGGAACCUGACAUGGUCAUCUGCUGUUGUAGCCCAUCCACCUCAAUGUGGAACAUCUUGUUCAUUCUGAGAUGCUUUUCUGCUCACCACAGUUGUACAGAGUGGUUAUCUCAGUUACUGUGGCCUGGUCAGCUCGGGCAUUUUUUCUUUAUUACGCUGUUCUGAGUAAACUCUAGAGACUGUUGUGGGUGAAAAUCACAGGAGAUCACCAGUUAUAGAAAUACUCAAACCAGCCUGCCUGGCACCAACAAUCAUGCCACGGUCAAAAUCAAUGAGAUCACAUUUUUCUCCCAUAUCCCCAUGCUGGCCUAUAUCUGCAUGAUUUUAAGCACUGUAGUUUAUUAUGUAGUUAAUUUAUUUAAAAGAUGUAGGGAUGUAACACAUACAACUCUUAUACUUUAGCACAAGUUGAAUGCAAACACUUAAUUUAAUUCAUCAUUAUGUAAAGCAACUCUCUGUCAAGGAUGAAAUGAUAGUGUAAUCAGAGAUUUUUGGAUAGUAAUGCAGCAGUACCAAUUGGCCCAUUUAAAUUUGCAUGCCACUGACCGUGGAGUAGAAGACCGUGUCAGCAAUCAGCCUGUCUGAUCCUCACAUCAGUCUGCACAUUUUGCAUAGACACACAUACACACAUGUACAAAUGUCCAUAUACACAGCUGGAGGUCACGUUACAAGAGCCUUCUUUAUAUGUUGCUCUUGGAGAGCUGACCCACUUUUUGUGAACUAAGAGAGCUGAUUUAUGCCAUAUGCACUAGCAAAUAUAAAAAAAAUGUAUAGAAGAAACGCUAGUUUCACAUACUGUGUGGCUACUUAUGGCAGAGCUUAGACAGGGUAACCACAGUGUAAGGCCACUGUUUGCAUGUGAAAACAGUGCAGUUCAGGCCUGGUGGACUUUGCAUGCUGUUCUCUACCAUUACGCGCUGCUGUUAUCAAGGUGUGGUCAGUGAUAAGAAAGUACAGCUGUCAUUGGAAAGGUCUUUGAUGCACAUAAGAUAGAGAAGACAUGCAGUUCCCACCCCCUGGGAAAACACAUCUACUAAACUGACCACUUUGGGCUAAACAAAAACAAGUGUGAACAGUGUGUGUGACAACACACAUAUAACUGAGUUGAUGACAUGGGCAUUACUAGUAUAAGAUAAAAUAAUCACAGUGCUUUACAAUUAUAAACAGAGACAUCUUUAAAACCACUUAAAAAGCUUGGCUUGAACCACACUGUACCAUAAUCACAGAAAAAGAAAGCAGCACAGUCAUAACAGUCUGAGCUAGAUAGAAGACGGGAAUAACACUAAUGAGAAAGAACCUUUGAGCUCAGUUUGCUUAUGGGAAUGCUCUGCUUCGUCUUAUCAGGCAGCCUUGUAAAAGCCAUAAGUAUUUAACAAUGCUCAGUGAAGAAUAGUGCUAUGGAGGCCACAGGGGACCAGGAGGGAGGGAACAGUGAAGACUUAACAGGGAAGAAAAAGCCUAAGCUGCAGAUCUUGAAGUCGAGGCUAUUUGGGAAGAUGAAGAGAAAGGAAAAUGAAGGAGUGAUGAAGCAGAGUCAGUCAGCUAGUGACAUCAUGGAAGGCAUUCGGAACCUCGAAGACAACUAUAAUUGUUCCCAGAGCAUGCUGGGAUCCAGAGCAUUGUCACAUGACAGUAUCUUUCUGUCAGACCAGUGCCAGUCAGACCCUGAGCCACAAAGGGUUCUCUCUCAGGAGAACAUCCACGGAAAAAUACGAGCAUUGCAGAUGAAGCUGCAGCAGCAGAACAUGCAUCUUGGUCCACCUCCUCUGGUGUUGCCCAUUAAACGGUCCGAAGAUCCUGGUGGAAGCUCAGAAGACGAUGGACUUCCUCACAGCCCUCCUGAAAUCUUGGGAAUACCCAAGAACAUGCCAUACAAGUUUCUCAUUCCUCCCAGGAACCACAGCUCAUUGAGUUUAGGUGGGACAGGAAGUGAAGAAGAAGAACAGGCCCCCUUGCAGCCUUCAGCCCAGCCAGUUUCGACUCGGCCCAUCAGCCCCACACCAGCCCCUGUCUCUCCCUCUGUGCCUGGCCCUGGGGUGGACUUCAGCACCCCCGCCCAGUUUAUUCCCUGCCUAGACAACUCUGCUGCUCGGCACCGGAUGUCCGUUAAGCCUCGGAAUCAGAGAGCCAGUACUAAGAGCAGAAGACUGCCCACCUCAGCUGGAUGCAGACCUCGCUCAGAGAGUAUGAACAACCUGGAACGGCCUCUCACUGAAAGUGAAGAAGAAGAAGGAGCUGCUGUUACCAAGGAGAUGACCCGCGUCCGUUCCUACUCCUCACAGCUUAUUAGGCCAGGCGAGGUUCUUAGUGCUCCUCCAAUCAAAAGCCUCCUUUCUGCUUCUCCUCUAAAAUCUUUGGUGGGUGCUGCAGAUGGUUACCCCAGCCCUGCUAUUAGUUGGUCAGAAGGAAGCAUCUCACCCACUAGCACUUCCCUCCAGCACCCUGUCCUGAAGCAGCAGACACCAACCAGAGAAGCAGCAUCCAGCCAGAAGCCUGAGGCUGCCACUGCUAGCUCAGCUGUGGCAACCAUCAAGAAGUGGAGUGCAGACCUGAGAGAGAGUCCAUUUAGCUCCAAACUGAAGAGUGCCCAAGAGAGCACAGUGUCAACUGUAAGCUCAGCUGAAGAUCAUCCAACAGGCCAGCCUCUGGUGUUCCCACAGGCCGCAGCUGGUGAAGUGGCUCAGAGGCCACCAUCACUAAGAAAAAAUACAUCUCCUUCAGAUGACAAGGUUGUGGAAAGGAAUCUACAGCAAAUCUCUACAACACCACCCCCCGGUCAUGAUGAGGUCCAACUACGGAAGGAGUCUGCAAAUUGGCAAAGGCCCAUCUCUGGAUCUUUCCAUUUUUCUUCAGCCAAAGGUCAUGAGAGGCAGAGAACUGGAAGUUUCACUGGAGGGGUGGCUCAAUCAGGGGCAAAGAGAGAGCCUGCACCCCCACCUAUUUCUUCAAUAAACCUCAAAACACAGGAUCACAUCAGGAGUGUACAAGUAAGGACAGCAGGAAAGGACCCAUUUUUUGUCACAGAAGCACAGAGAAAUGAAAGAGCUGCCAGCUCUUCAGCAGUACCAACCAAGCUGAGAGAUCCAACCGCAACCGUCUCUACUGGCCGAGAACGAGGAGACAGUCGAGCAAGUGAAACACAAGAGACAGGAGUGGAGGCUACAGAGGAAGAGGUUCAGGAGGCAGUCGAGGAGGCAGAUGAGGCAGGUGAGGACCUGAAAGGAAAUGAAGUUAACGAAGACAGAAAAGAGGAAGAAGAAAGGAAUGCAUUUGGGGUGAAGCUGCGCACCACAUCUCUUUCUCUAAAGUUACGUGCAGACAAGGCCCAAUCGGAGUAUAGAGUGAAGCAGCACAGUGCUGAAGUCAGCACCCUGAACCCAUCUUCGGCCGAAGGCCGAAAAGACAGCAGCAUGGGACCUAUAACAGGAAACAUGGCUGCCACAGUGUCCAAAAAGUCUCCAGUCCAUAAGACUGAGGCCCUCAUCUCUACCCAGGUCUCCAGCUCUCAACCUCAGAGUGCCAGCAGAGACAAAGAGAAAACUGCUCCCAUUAGACUGGAUGAUUUGGGAACCCCAGCUCAGCCCUCGUCUUCACUUAUUAAAGGCACUAAGCUUGUACAUUCGCUCCCUAAAGAGAGCACACCAGUUUCCUUGACCCCUAAAGAGAGCACACCAGUGUCCUUGACCACAAAAGAGAGCACACCAGUGUCCUUGACCACAAAAGAGAGCACACUGGUGUCCUUGGCCACUAAAGAGAGCACACCAGUGUCCUUGACCACUAAAGAGAGCACACCAGUGUCCUUGACCACUAAAGAGAGCACACUGGUGUCCUUGACCACUAAAGAGAGCACACCAGUUUUCUUGCCCCCUAAAGAGGUCACACAAAUGUGCUCAGUUGGGAACAUCCCUAUUCCUACAGCUGUAAAACAACCACAGGAGAAUUCAUCUGAGCUGUCCUGGAUGAGCAUGGCCCGAGAAAAGACUAGGAGCCUCCAGCAGCUGUUUACAAGCAGACUGCCUGAUUUUUCAAGCCUGCAGACAACCACACGAUCAACGAACAUGGCUGCUACACCACCCCAAACUCAGACGUCAACUUUACAGCCCAGUGCAGGACCUACAAGGCCCAUACAUCAACUAUCAGCUACACAACCCUCUGUAAGACAACAACAUACUACUUCUACUCAACCAUCAGCCACACAAGCACCUGUAAAGGCAGCAUAUCCUAAUCAGCCCCCAGGCAUGCAGUCUUCCUUUAGACCAGCUGAGCCAACCACAGGUCAAUCAGGAGUAGUAGAUUUCCCCUUAAAGCGAACUCUUUCAACCACCAGUCAAGCACAAACAACACAGCUUAGUGCUAAAACAGGACAACUGCCUGUAGCUAGUUCAGCAACCACUCAUUCUGCUACAAAACCAGUGCAGUCAACAGCAACAUACACACAUACCACCCAUUUCAGCACUCACGCAGCCAAACAGCCGUUAUCCCAGCCACUAACCCAGACACAAUCUCAGGUGACACAACCUACCACACAGUCUAACCUGUGUGCAACUCAACAUACUUCCCUUCAUCUGUCAUCAAGCCCAAAAUUUGCACCCCAUCAGAUGCCUCAAGAUUCAGUUUCUCUAUUUUCACAGCCCAGGCCUCAAAUGGGUGGAGAUGUAUCCUCCACACCUUUAGGAAAAGCAAAUCGAACACUAUUGACCCAAUGGAAAGGCCCAGUAGAAGGUACAACACAAUGGGUAGGAGGCCUGGGGAGCAAAGCUUUACUUACUGAAAGAUGGGAGAACCGAACACCUGAUGCAAGCCAGGUAGAAGACCAAAAAUCUACACCAGAGUCCCGAAACCAUCCUCAGUCUCCGACUGCAUUUAGAGCCAUGUCCAGUCACAGUAAGUUAACAGAAUCAGCAGCUUCCUCUGGUUCCGUGCGACUGGACAAAGAGGACAAGUGGCAGAAGAAAACAGUGCCAUCUUCAUCACCACCUUCAUCAUCAUCACCACCUCUCCAGCCCAUCAGUGAUAGUGGACAACCUUCCUGGAUGGAGUUGGCAAAGAGGAAAUCUCUGGCAUGGAGUGACAAGACUAUGGACUGAGACUCAUAUAGGAGAACAUAGUAGAUAGUUAAGUUUCAGGAAGUGCUGGGAGGCAUUUUGAGUUGGCUAGUAAAAAGAGAUGUAUGUUUGUGUGGGUGGGCAGGUGGGAGAUGGAGGAUGAAAGAGUCAGCGCAGGUAUAGGUAUAUAUAAAAAGGGCCUUAUACCCCCCCCAACCCCUAUCCAAUGCCCAUGCAAACAGCCCUUUCCUUCUAUAUUAUAGGUUAUCUUCUCAGGUUUACCACAUCACGAAGUUGUUUUAUUAUAAAAACAUUUCUGGCAUAAUGAUUCAGUAGAAACUGAAUUCAAACAUAAACAGUUUGUAUCUAUUUAUAAUUGAGAUUUAUUUAAGUAAUAUUGUGGAUUACAGAAUUAUAAGAAGCUAUAUAUAUAUAUAUAUAUAUAUAUAUAUAUAUAUAUAUAUAUAUAUAUAUAUAUAUAUAUAUAUAUAUAUUUAGCACAUUAUCAGGAACACCUUCUUGUAUGUACACUCAUUAAGCAUUUUAGCAGCUUCACAUAGGAGCAUUUUGUAGUUUAUGUUUCUAACUUUGUUAGCCCCCUUUCACCCUGUUCUUCAAUGGUUAGGACCCCCACAGGACCACCACAGAGCAGGUAUUGUUUGGGUGGUAGGUCUUUCUCAGCACUGCAGUGACACUGACGUGGUGGUGCUGUUAGUGUGUGUUACGCUGGUACGAGUGGAUCAGAGCAGUGCUGCUGUGCCACAGUGGUCCUGUGGGGUUCCUGACCAUUGAAGAACAAAGGGGGCUGACAAACUAUGCAGAAAACCGAUGGACUACAGCCUAUAUAUAUAUAUAUAUAUAUAUAUAUACAUACAUACAUACAUACAUACAUACAUACACAGCCAGGUCCAUAAAUAUUUGAUCAUCAAAAAAGUUACUCUAGCUGUCAGCGCAUAUCAGAGCUCCAAAUGCAGACUUUCAACUUUAAUUUGGUGGUAUUUACAUCCAAAUUGGGUGAACAGUGUAGGAAUUGGGCAGUUGCUGCUGAACUGUUUCAUGGCCACACAGGAACUGAAGAGAGUUGCAGUAAAGGCCUGGCAGACCAGAGACCAGAGAAGCCCAGCAUUUGGUGAGAUCUAUGGGUUCCAGAUUUCAGGCAGACAUAGACUGCAUAGGAUUUGCGAUCAAAUAUUAAACAUGACAAUUUAUGUUUGUUAGUUUGUCCGAUUAGUUUUAAGACCCUAAAUAUAGGGAGCUAUAUAUGAAAAUUGCUGUUAAAUGGUUGUUGAAAAUUGUUCCUACACUGUACACUGUACACUAUACAUGUGAUUUGGAUGUAAGUACCCUCACAUUAAAGCUAAAGGUCUGCACUUAUUAAUUCAUUUAGCCCAUAUUCAUUAUUUAAUUUAAACUUCAAUAUGCUGAUAAAUAAUACAAUGUCCAAUUGUUUAUGGACCUGACUCUAAAUAUAUUAGAAGAGGCAAGAUGAUGAUCAGUUGGUCUUUGAAUUGUAUAUUAAAUUAAAGGAAAUACAAAAUAACAAAUCAAAGACUUUGUAUUACAGCAUCUUAAAUCUAUUGUAUAAUAAAGUUCACAUAUCAUAAAUAUGAAAA